UUGAAUCUAGGGUAGUUUUACUCUGAGGCUCAUUAACGACCAUGACUAAAACCAGCCUGUGACAGGCUGGGAGUACCCAUGGGCCAUAAACCAUGGUGUUCUGGUUUGUUUGCUGUCAGGAGACAACACCCCACCCAGGCUACUCUCUCCCCAGGCUGCCACCAGUCACUGAAUAAAAACAGAGCAAACUCAGAUCUGUGCCAUGUCUGCCAAUGUAGGAGUCGUCCAAGGGAAACCUUAGCUCUGGGGUCCCCAUUUACAAUGCUGAGAUGUCUUGCACUGCAGUCUGAAGCUAUUCCUACCUACCUCCACCCCACCAUUUCACAGGCAUCGGACUCCUAACAAGGUCAAAGACUUUCCCUGCCCAGUCUUGCUCCUUUCCCUUCAUCAUCCACAAGCGUUCCCACAGUAAAUGUCUUUCUCUUCUAAUUACAUUUGACAUCUGCCUCAUGGAGAUACAUAUUGUCCUCAUCCCACAGGUUUUCUGUUCCAGAAAUUUGCUGAGAUCCCUUGGCAUUCAUAAUACCCCAUGUCUCACAGCAUCCUUCUUUAUUUCUUUCUGUGUCUUCAUUUCAGAAGGGCCCCAUGAAUAAUGGCUUCACCUCAAUUGCCUACACCGCUAUUUCAACAAGAAGCUCAGACUGAAAUUUACUGGGAGCAAUUUAAUGCCAAUUGAACUGAAACAGAACUGAAAGUCCCCUCACCCAAAUCACAGACUAUCUAGAGAACAUCUAAUUCAAUUAUUGUUUCAGAUGGGGAAACAAAUGAUGUGACUUGCACUAGGUUACAAAGAACUCCUCUCAAUGGGUUAUUUCUAUGCGAUAAUCCGCCCCCCUACUCUGAGCACUAUCUCGCUGACACUUCUAAUGUCCCCAACGCCUGCCCUUGUGCUGCAUGUAGUGAGUGCUCACCCACGCGUGCUGGGUUUUGAGAAACUUCAGCAAUCAGGAGCAGCACUCUGCCCAUAAAGAGAGCUGCUCCUCUCCUGCCUGGUGGUAAUUCCCACACACCUGCUUCUGCGUCUCUUCAGCAACCCUUGCAGCAUGAGGAUUCUUGUCCUGCUCUUAACCAUUUUUCUUCUACUCUACCAAGCUCUUCCAGUGAGAAGUGACCUUGACGCAGGCAGGAUAUGUGGUUAUGGGACUGCUCGCUGCCAGAGGAAGUGUAAAAGAGAGGAUUCAUUCAUUGGAAGAUGCCCCAACAUGUAUCCAUGCUGUUUGAAAAAGAGGAAUGCCAACUCAUCACACUCUCUGAAAUACUGAAACCCUGAUCCCCAGAGUCGCCGACAGCUGGACCUCUGAGCCUUCCCUUCUUGAGGCCUCACACCUAGAACAUCCCCAGUGGCGGCUGUCAAUCCAAUUAUUAAGUGAGGAUUUGCCGAGCUUUCACUCCACGCAGAGCCAAUGUAGGAGGUUGUGGCAGAAUACGGGCCUCAGGCUUCCGAGCCUCAGACGAGCUUCUCUGGCUGUGAGAAAAGAGGAUAGCAAUGUGGGUUAAGUGAGAAUUUCAACACUUUAAAACAUGAACCAAAAAAUAUAUCUAAUCAGCCACAAACAGUAAACAUCAUAUCAAUUGAUCUUGGUAACAUUGGUUUUCUUUUCUGAUCAAAAGUUCUGCUCAGCAGUUAUAUAUGUCUUUUGUCAAUUAAAAUGUAAAAUAAACCAAUA